AUGGCACCGCAUAAUCUCCGGUGGGGUAUUCUGGCUACGGGGUGGAUUGCAUCUGUCUUCGUCAAGGACCUCCUCAUCAACCCUGAGCUUCGUUCCAGCUCCGACGUCUCUCACACUGUUGUUGCCGUUGCCUCAUCUUCAUCUAAGGCCAAUGCGGACAAGUUCAUUAGGGAGACCGGUAUCCCAGGCCCCUGCGCUUCGUACGGUUCGUAUGAAGAGCUCGUGGCAGAUCCCAACGUCGAUGUUGUGUACGUCGCAACGCCGCACUCUCACCACUUCCAGAACGUGAUGCUCGUUCUGGGAUCAGGAAAACAUGUUCUCUGCGAAAAGGCAUUCACUGUUAAUGCGACACAGGCGAAGAUCCUGUGCGAAACGGCUAAGAAGAAGAACCUGUUCCUCAUGGAGGCUGUCUGGACUCGAUAUUUCCCGCUUAGUGUACAAAUCAGGGAGCUCAUCCGGAAGGGUGAGAUUGGUGAGGUCCUAAGGGUGGUCGCGGAUAAUAGCUUUGGGGACGAUGUCGAACAGAAAUGGGGAACAAAGCAUAGGAUGGUGAAUAAGGAUUUAGCCGGAGGGUGUUUGCUUGAUUUGGGCAUCUACUCUCUAACCUGGGUUUUUCAAACGCUAUAUCACACUCUCCCACGAGAACAGAGGAAACCUCCAUCCUCUGUCUCCGCGCACAUGAGUCUCUACCAUCUGACUGGUGCAGAUGAAGCAACUAACAUCCUCCUCACUUUCCCAACCAGCACACCCUCCAAUAGCGCUCCCCCGCACCAGUCUCACGCCGUGGCCAUGACCAACCUCCGGAUUGCCUCAGACCCGGGUCAGAACCGCUCAUCAGGUCCCUCCAUCCGCAUUUCGGGUACAAAGGGCGAGAUCCAGGUCUUUGGCCCGGCUUUCCGACCGGAGAAGUACAAGAUCAUCCCGGCCAGGCAAGAAGGGCAGGAAACGCCGGCCGUGAAAGAGGUCGAGUGCCAGUUCCCUGGGAAUGGAAUGGGUAUGUACUGGGAGGCGGACGAGGUUGCUCGUUGCAUUCGCGACGGCAAGCUGGAGAGUGAUACCAUGCCCUGGGAAGAGAGUAUUGUCAUCAUGGAAGUCAUGGAUGAAGUGCGCCGCCAGGGAGGAUUGACGUAUCCGGAGAAGAUCGAGUCGACUGCCUAUCCUGUACAGAUGUAA